ACCGUAACGAGUUAGAGGAAUAACCUCUACCCAAUUGUUUCUCGUCUUUUUUUUUUUUAAUACAUGCAUGCAUGUUCUCCUUGUCCCGGUCGAAGAUAUAAAAAAAUAGAACAUUAGUCAAUUCGAUACAGAUAGUCGAGGCAUUAAGAUGGUGGGGAAAAUAGUGGUUUCGUUGGUGUCGUUGUUUCUUGUGGUGGGUGUUGUAUUGGGAGUGGCGAUCGUCCUGCACAAAGGCUCAAAAGAUGAUGCUGAACAUGGUCCGAAAGUCCAAAUGAAGGCAUCCAUUGAGGAGUUCUGUAAACCUGCAGAAUUCGAAAUAGCUUGUUUUAAGAGCCUUGAUUCAGUGGCUAAGAACGAUAGUGCUACGAUGAAAGACUACCUGUUGGCUUCGUUGCAAGUCACGGGGGAUGAAAUCAAGAAAUCUUUAGAGGUGGUGGAAAAAGGUACUCCUAUCGAUAAUAAAACGGAUCCCUACAAUCACAUGGCAGUAGAGGAUUGCAAAGAGCUGUUGCAAUAUGCGGUGGAGGAACUCCAGGACUCCUACUCUAUGGUUGGGGAUACCGCAUUGCAUUCCCUUGGGGAUCGUGUGAGCGAACUGUUGAACUGGCUCGGUGCGGUCUACUCCUAUCAAAGCAUGUGUCUCGAUGGUAUAAUCGAUAAGCCUGAUUACAAAGAAGCAUUGGAAAAUGGCAUGCGCAAUGCAACCCAACUCACACACAACGCAAUCAACAUUAUAGCAAAGAUUUCAACCGUCCUCCAAGCCUUCAACAUCUCAAGCACCAUAACUACUACUGCAUCUACUAGUAAUCACCGUCGCCUCCUUGGUUACCCUAAGUGGUUCCCAGUUGCAGACCGUAAGCUUUUAGCAGGAGGACGACAUAGGAGGGCAGCUCCUCAUGUAGUGGUAGCCAAGGAUGGCAGUGGCCAGUACAACACCGUCGCCGCUGCCCUCGCUGCCUAUCCUAAAAACCAUAGAGGCAAAUACAUAGUCUAUGUCAAAGCUGGAAUCUAUGAAGAGCAUGUCAUCAUCUCUAAGAAGCAACCAAACGUCUUCAUCUACGGCGAUGGAGCAGGGAAAACCAUCAUUACUGGAAAUAGAAACUUUGGUAUCAUGAAAAUACCCACCUCAGACACUGCUACUUUCGCUGUUAUUGGCAAUGGGUUCGUUGCUAAGGGAAUUACCUUCCGCAACACUGCUGGUCCACAAGGUCACCAAGCUGUGGCUCUUCGAAUUAACGGUGAUAUGGCUGCUGUUUUUGACUGCAGCAUUGAAGGUUAUCAAGACACCUUGUACUAUCAAAACCAUAGACAAUUUUAUCGCAACUGUGUCAUCUCUGGUACCAUAGAUUUCAUCUUUGGGAGGGGAUCAGCAGUAAUCCAAAAUAGUUUGAUCAUAGCGAGGAAACCUUUGGACGGCCAGUUCAACACGAUCAGCGCUGAUGGAAAAGAAAUAGCGAAUAAACCAGGUGGUUUGGUGUUGCAGAACUGCAGAAUCGUGCCUGAAAAGGAAUUGUUUGCGGAUAGGUUCAGACUCGCAACUUACUUGGGCCGUCCCUGGAAGCCUUACGCAACGACCGUAUUCAUGGAGAGUGAAUUGGGUGAUUUCAUCCGCCCAGAAGGUUAUAUUGUAUGGCAAGGAGAAUCAUUCGAGCGGACAUGUAAUGUCUACGAGUUUGCCAACCGUGGACCGGGUGCUCUCAUCAAUAAAAGAAACAGGAGUUUCAAGAACUUCCGUCUUAUUAACCCAGUUGAAGCUCUUCAAUACACAGUCGACCGCUGGAUUAAUGGAUAUCUAUGGUUGAGGCGCACUGGUGCACCUUUUUACCUUGGCCUCGGAGGAAGAUAAAUUAAAAUAUAUACUUGGAAACUACUCCAUUUAAUUACAUGCAUGCUUAUUAUUGUUAUAAAUUCCACACAUAUAUAUAUAUACACACG